AUGAAGAAAAUAACAACGAAAAAAUCCAAGGGCGAAAUCAAGAAGCAGCUGGUGGAGAAAGGGGAUUCCAUUCGGAAAUCGCUCGAGCACAUCGUGAAGCAGGAUGCCAAGGCAAACACGAGCACUGCGGACCGCGCAGCGCGUGCGCAGAAGAAGAGUGUCGACAAGUUGCAAAAGGCUGUGAACAACGACAGCGAUAGCGGUGAAGAGGACGAUGUGGACAUGGACCCGUACCGCCUCAAGGACGCGUACUACAUCAAGCAGAAUGCGAAGUACACAAACAAGAAGAAAACAAUCGUGCUGGCUAGCAGGGGCAUUUCCAGCCUUGGAAGGCAGCUCAUGAACGACAUAAAGCUGCUGCUCCCGCAUCACAAGGCAGAGGUAACGGUAGACAACCACUUUUUAAACCCCGCGCAGUCUAAGCUGGAGAAGAAAGACUCGUACACGGCGAUAAACACACUUGCUGGAUUGUCUGGAUGUGACAGCGCCAUUUUCAUAGAGGCACGCAAAAGCGAAAUGAUCAUGUGGAUCUCCAAGACUCCCCACGGACCUACAUUCAAGGGGCGGCUAACAAACGGUAGGUCGCUUUAUGUGCCGUUUAAUGUGAAAAUAGUCCACACCCUGAGGGAUUCCACAUUCGCUGGAAACUGUUUGCUCUACUCUAGGCCACUACUCACGUUUGACAACUCGUUCGAGGCUACACCGUACCUCAAGCUCAUCAAACAAGUGCUGAUGCACGUUUUCGGGACUCCCAACAACCACCCCAAGAGCAAACCGUUCUGCGACCACUGCCUGUCGUUUUUCUUCUUCGACGGGCGCAUAUUCUUCAGACACUACCAAAUCGCACCGGAAAACGAGUUCGCUAUGAAUAAACCGCAACAACAAGUGCUCACGGAGAUAGGGCCACAGUUCGUCGUGGAGCCAAUUCUCAUCCUCUCUGGCAGCUUUAACGGCACCAUGCUCUGGAAAAACCGGAGCUACCUCUCCCCUGUCAUGAUGCGAAGGAUGAAACGUGAAUCAGACGCCCUGCGCAAGCAGAAACAGGAGAUUGAUAAGAAGGUACGCCAAUAUAAUGGAAUCACCUCAACAUUCUCAGAACCGGGAUCGCGAGACGGAUCUGCCGGAUGA